AUGAGCUGUAAUGCACAGAUGUUGGGUGUCUUGAGUAGUUUGCUCUUUUUCCUUGGGUUGUUGGGUGUUAAUGUUGAUGGUGCUUGGCGUCCUGGAAGCUCCGUGGGGGGCCUUGGUGUUGUGGUUCGUGACUCAGAUAGAGAGUUUGCUACUGGCUGUGCGAUGGCAGUCGAGAAUGUUUUUUUGGCAGCUCGUGUUGAAGCUCUUGCAACCCGCAUGGGCAUUUCAUUGGUGGUUGAAAGGGGGCCAAUUGUGGGAGAUACGAAGACUAUGUUGGCUCAGAUCACUGGAGAAGUUGGUUCGAGGAAUCAUCGGAUUUUAUUGUCGAUCUCUUAUUUGAGGAUUGUAACUUGUAGUUUUUACGGACAUGCUCUUAGGGAGACGUGUGAGACUCUAUCGAAGGCAAUGUUCCUUUUCUCACUUACGAUUGAGAAGGUACACUACUUUGGUAGCAGACGACCACUACGCUUCAUUUGGCGUAGAGUACUCGCCUAA